AUGUCCACGUACAGUAGCUCUCGUACUGUCCAAUAUCAAGCCUAUGGGACCAGUUCCGCGCAAAACACCCAAUACAAUUUGGUCAGCGGAAUGUCGUCUGCCGGAGCCAUUUGCACCACUCAAAUCCGUGAUGCUCGUGAGCGUGAGAAGAGAGAGAUUGGUCUUUUGAACGAUCGCUUGGCUGAUUACAUUGAAAAGGUUCGCUUCCUCAAGGCCCAAAACCACGUCCUCGAGCAUGACAUUGCAAUCCUCAGAAAUGGAUUCACAGGAAGCGGACAAAUUUCGACCUACUUUGAGUCUGAAAUCGCGCAAUCCACGAGACUCGUACAAACCGUCCUUGCCAGCCGUACCAAGCACCAAGCCGACAUCGCUGCUCUCACCGCUGAUAUCGACAUCUGGCGCACUAAGUGGCUCGAGGCUAUCUCUGCAGUCAAGGCUCACCGCGAGGAUCAUGACGUGAACUUGGAUAAACUUGCCGCCGUCGAAGCUCAAAUUGCUUUGGUCCACAGAAAGAUCCGCAUUGUGGACGAGGAUGUCGUCAGAAUUCGCAGAGAGAACGGACAGAUCCAGGGAAGCAUUGGAAGCAUUCACGCGCAAAUUCAUCGCGAGGUUGCUUUGAAAAAUGAGCACAACUCUCGCAUCCAAACACUCAUCCAUAGCGUGAAGAGUCUACAAACCGAGAACAGCUCCAGAAUCGAACAAGAGCUCAUCUACAUCCGUCGUGAUACCACCAUCGAGAACCGAGACUACUUCCGUUCUGAACUUCAAGCCGCCAUGCGUGACAUCCGUGCCAACUACGAAGAGAUGAGCAUUCGUUCCCGUCAAGACAUCGAAGUCUGGUAUCACAAGCAAAUCGAAGACAUCCGCAGAUCAACCACCCAUGUUGGAUACGUGGAUGCUUACAAGGAAGAACUUGUGCACAUCAGAUCUACAUUGAGUCAUACUCAGAGUAGACUAGCGGAGAUUGAGUGCAGAAAUACCAUGCUCGCCAGUACAAUCACAGAUCUUCGUCACCAACAAACAGAAGAGGCAAGAAUCUUCGAGGCUGUUCUAGCGGAGAAGGAUGCACAGAAUGCCAAAUUGAGGGAACGCUGCACAGAGAUCAGUAUCCAGAUGGAGAAGCUUUGCGACCAUGAAGUAUCCCUUCAAGCGGAACUGGAGCGUUACCGAGUGCUUCUGAAUGGCGCCAAUGUCACCACCUAUUUGGCCAAUUCAUCUUCCUCAGCACAUCGCACCUCUCACGUCACCACCUCCACCACUCGAACCACAGGAGGAUACGCUGCAAGUACCGGACACACAUCUGAACACCGAGGAGGUUACACCAUCGGUGGCAACAUUGGAGGAAUCUCCGUUGGAGCUCACAUCGAUGGAGGGCACGUCACUGGAGGAAUCACCAAUGGGCACCAUCAAAGCUCAUACUCCUUCUCCUCGUCUGCUUCCAACCGCUAG